AUGCUCCUAUUGGAGAAUCCAAAGCCAGGUUCUCCUAUGUAUCCCUAUUCAUCUACAACGCCCUCUAACGCUUCCGUUGUCGUAUCUGGUUCUGGUACCUCAAACACGAUGCUUCUCCCCGGUCAACCCCAAACACCUUCUCCAAUGAUCUAUCCCCAACAGUCUUACGCCGCCGCUGUUCCCCAAAAGUCUAAUGUCGGAAUUCUUCACAACGGCAGUAGCAACACCAAUAACGGUGCAAUGACAAAUAUGAUGUCUCAUUCAAUGAUGCAGGCGUCACCAUCUCAACAACCGUGUAGCAACACUGGGAGUUUUUACUGCUGGCCACCGCCUCCCUCUGCAGCGGCGCCUGUUUCAAGCGUUGUCUCUUCUCGGUUGCCCCACGUCUCACAAAGAAGGAGUGUCGGAGCAGGAUAUAGGAUUUCUUCGCAAAACUCUCCCUCAGACUGUUCCCAUGCUCAAUACUUCUUUCGCCAGCAGCAGCCAACGCACAAAUCACCCAGUGAUAUUAGUGGUUAUUCAAGUGUAACUACUAGACCUCCUGGAAGUGCUAAUUCAGGUAGUAACUGGAAAGAACGUCCUCAUGUUGGAAAGUAUAGCCUAAUCCGCACCAUUGGGAAGGGCAACUUCGCCAAAGUCAAACUGGCCCAGCACGUAACAACAGGCAUGGAGGUCGCAGUCAAAGUUAUCGACAAAACGCAACUGAAUCCCACAAGUCUCCGAAAGCAGUCCCCUGAAAACGUGGCCACUUCGUACAUCACCCAAGGUGGUAUUGCGGAUUUAGCGGCCUUAGUGCCUGUGUACGUGCGGCGUAAGAUUGACGUCAGGCUUCUUCCCCUGCCUCGCUCUCCUAGCGCGAAUUUAUUCCGGUGGCCCUUCCAAGUUCGCAUUGUCGCCGGUUGUGCAGACAGCGCCCACGCGCAUUCCCUUGUCAUCGUGCGGCGCGCGUGCAUGACUCACACGGCCCACGACGCACAUGUACUUGCCGAUUUUCACCCCCUGACGCUGUCUGAUCGGCGUCGUUUUGUAUUACGAACACCACUUAUUACAUACGAUGUCGUGGCAGGUGGUGUCCCCUCCACUGCCUCUGGCAUUACAGACUUGAGACAGUGUGUAUUUCUCCUGGUUUGGACGGUUUUUUGUGAAAAUGCCAUCGAUCCUGGCAAGAAGGUUGUUCACUUUCUUGGGUGCUUGUGUGCGCAGACUUCUUUAAGCGACUGGAAUGCAAUUAAACUGCUGGAAGUCAUAGAAUCGGAGAAGCACUUGUAUUUGGUCAUGGAGUAUGCUAGCAAUGGUGGCAGUGAAGCGGCGGCUAGAUCAAGUGGAAGCAACCGCUUGCUCUCCCGCUAG